UAAUUAUAAGAUAGAUAUGUAAUUGUAAUUGUAAUUCCCGUAAUAAUUUGUUGAUGUUAUAUUUGGUUUAGGGAUUAAACGGUAGUGCCACCAAUAUUAUAAUUAAUGGAGCAAACGAAUUAUAGUCACUUUUUAUAGCAAAAUGUAAUCUUGUAAUAUUUUUGUUAAAUUAUGGGGGGGAGUAAAAUGAAACGGUGCAUUUUUUUGGGGUUUAUGCUCGUGUCUUUAUGUACCGGUGAAGGUACAAUCGAUGAGAACACAUCUUGUAACGCGACAGGUUCAUCUCGCGUCGACUAUGAAUAUAGUACGCAAGUUGUUGGUAGUGAGCAUAUUAUUACAUUCAAAGGAUAUUUCCCAAGAAGCACCCGCGAGAACUAUGUAUCAGCCGCAUUACGAAAUGCCGGGGUGUUUAACUGGACUAUUACCCAGAGAAACAACCCAGCCAAAGAGUACCCCAGCGACUUUGACGUGAUAUUAUUGGAGGAAGGAGACAGACGAGCUCUCGACGCGCUGCGUGACCACCCCGCCGUGCGUCGGGUCACUGCUCAGAGGCAGGUGCAGAGGACCAUCAAAUAUGUGCGAGAGGAGGAGUGCGGGCCCGCCGGCUGCCUCUACGCCGGCUGGCGCAGCCACCGCGCGCGCGCGCUCCGUUCGCUGCGGCUACCACGGGAGAAUGGAUUCACCUCCAGGAAACUCUUGCGGACCGUGCCGCGGCAGAUAACGUCCGUGCUGAAAGCUGAUUUACUCUGGUCCCUCGGUGUUACUGGUGAGGGUAUAAAGGUGGCCGUAUUCGACACGGGGCUGGCGCGCCACCACCCGCACUUCGGGCGCGUGCGCGAGCGCACGGACUGGACGGGCGAGGACACGCUCGACGACGUGCUCGGCCACGGCACCUUCGUGGCCGGGGUGAUAGCCUCGCGCGCGGACUGCCUGGGCUUCGCGCCCGACGCGGACCUGCACAUAUUCAGGGUGUUCACAGACAACCAGGUGUCUUACACGUCGUGGUUCCUGGACGCGUUCAACUACGCGAUCAUGCGUAAGAUCGACGUGCUGAACCUCAGCAUCGGCGGCCCCGACUUCAUGGACCACCCGUUCGUGGACAAAGUGUGGGAGCUCAGUGCCAACAAGGUGAUAAUGGUGUCAGCGAUCGGCAACGACGGUCCUCUGUACGGCACGCUGAACAACCCCGCCGACCAGAUGGACGUGAUCGGCGUCGGCGGCAUCGGCUUCGACGACCGCAUCGCCAAGUUCUCGUCGCGCGGGAUGACUACGUGGGAGUUGCCUCAUGGUUAUGGGCGCAUGAAGCCCGACAUCGUGACGUACGGUAGUGGAGUUCGAGGCUCCAGCGUCUCGGGCGGCUGCCGUUCGCUCAGCGGUACAUCGGUGGCGUCGCCAGUGGUGGCCGGCGCUAUAGCGCUGCUGGCGAGCGGUGUUCCCCGGCAGAGCCUCACGCCGGCGGCAGUGAAGCAGGCGCUGUGCAUCACGGCGCGCCGGCUGCCCGGCGCCAACAUGUUCGAGCAGGGCCACGGCAAGCUCGACCUCAUCAGCGCGUACCAAUUCUUGAAGGAGUACGAGCCGCAGGCGAGCCUCAGCCCGCCGUACAUCGACCUGACGGAGUGCCAGUACAUGUGGCCGUACUGCACGCAGCCGCUGUACUACAGCGCGCAGCCGACCAUCGCCAACGUGACCGUGAUCAACGGGCUCGGCGUCUCCGGACACGUGGUAUGUAGCCUCAGCCCGCCGUACAUCGACCUGACGGAGUGCCAGUACAUGUGGCCGUACUGCACGCAGCCGCUGUACUACAGCGCGCAGCCGACCAUCGCCAACGUGACCGUGAUCAACGGGCUCGGCGUCUCCGGACACGUGGUAUGUAGCCUCAGCCCGCCGUACAUCGACCUGACGGAGUGCCAGUACAUGUGGCCGUACUGCACGCAGCCGCUGUACUACAGCGCGCAGCCGACCAUCGCCAACGUGACCGUGAUCAACGGGCUCGGCGUCUCCGGACACGUGGUAUGUAGCCUCAGCCCGCCGUACAUCGACCUGACGGAGUGCCAGUACAUGUGGCCGUACUGCACGCAGCCGCUGUACUACAGCGCGCAGCCGACCAUCGCCAACGUGACCGUGAUCAACGGGCUCGGCGUCUCCGGACACGUGACAGAUGUGAGCUGGCACCCGCACCUGCCGCACGGGCCGCUGCUGUCCGUGGCGGCCGACUACAGCGGCAUCCUGUGGCCCUGGUCCGGCUGGCUCGCGCUCAGCUUCUCCGUGCUCGAGGGCGGCUCGGCCUUCGACGGAAUCGUGGAGGGCCAUGUGAAUGUGACAAUAGAAAGCCACGAUGAGACUGGCGAGAGCGCCAUGAGGAACGCCACGUUGAUGCUGCCGAUAAGAGCGCGAAUAAUCCCCGUGCCGGUGCGGUCCCGCCGGCUCCUCUGGGACCAGUACCACAGCCUGCGGUACCCGGGCGGGUACUUCCCGCGCGACGACCUGCGCGCCAAGCACGACCCGCUCGACUGGCACGCCGACCACCUGCACACCAACUUCCGGGACAUGUACCGCCGGCUGCGGGACCACGGCUUCUACCUGGAGGUUAUGGGAACCCCGCUGACUUGCGUGGACACGUCCCUGUACGGCGCCCUGUUGCUAGUGGACCCGGAAGACGAGUACUUCCCCGAGGAGAUGGCCGCGCUCAAGAAGUCUGUCGACGCGGGACUCUCGCUCGUCGUGUUCGCCGACUGGUACAACGCUUCCCUGCUGCGGCACGUCAAGUUCUACGACGAGAACACGCGCCAAUGGUGGAUACCCGAAACAGGAGGAGCUAACGUUCCAGCUUUGAACGAUUUACUCAGCAUGUAUCAGGUGGCGCUGGGCGACCGCGUGUUCGAGGGCUCGUUCAAGCUGGGCGGGCACCCCAUGUACUACGCGAGCGGCACGCACAUCCACAGCUUCCCCGAGCACGGCGUGCUCGUCACGGCGCCGCUCACCGAUCAGGGCCAGCAGAUAAUGUCGGGCGAGAAGCCGGGGGAGGGCGACCCGGCGAGCGCGCGCACCGUGGACGUGCCCAUCCUGGGCCUGCUGCAGACCGACGGCGCGACCAAGGACUACACCAACCACACCGUCGGCAACAUACCCAAGGCGGGUCGACUGGUGGUGUACGGGGACUCGUCGUGCCUGGAGGGCGGCGCGGCGCGCUCCUGCCACUGGCUGCUGCUGGCCGCGCUGCAGUACGCGCUGGCCGCGCACCUGCCCGCCGCGCUGCGGGACGCGGCCGCGCCGCGCGCGCGCCAGCGCGACGUACACAUAAUACCAUCCGAUUUGCCAAAACGUGCGUCUGGCGGGCGCCUGCACGCGUACUCGCGCGUGCUGGCCCCGGACGAGAGCGGGCCGCGGCCGGCGCCCGAGUGCCCGCGCCGCGAGCCGCUGCCCGCGCGCGCCGUGCACGCGCCGCCCGCCGCGCGCACGCUCGCGCCUCGCCACCCACCCACCGACCCGAGGACUAUCGUGGGCGGUUCAGAGACAGAGGGCACGGAGCCGGCGGCGCGCGCGUGGCGCGGCGCGGGCGCGGGUGCGGCGGCGGCGCGCGGCGGCUCGGCGCCGGGAGCGCCCGCCGCGCCGACGCUCGCCAGCCGCGCGCUCACGCUACUCGCCGUCGCGGCCCUAGUCUACUGCCUCACCGCCGCCUGGAAACGCUGCGGCCGCAAACUUCGCCGCCGGAGACUGAUGUCCUUAGCCACCUAGCACAGACACGACGAUAAGAAAGAUGCGGAAUAGUUCUGGACGACGUUCUAACUAACGGCGCUACCACACUCUCGUUAAAAGAGAUACGGGUAAUGACGAGC